AAAAAAAAAAAACCUUGAUAUCUCUGUGACCAUGUUGAUAAUUUUCUAAUUAAAUUAAAGUUAUACGUUCAUAUCUUUUAAAUUAAAUUAAGAUUGAGAAAAACGAGAGUGGUAAGUAAGGUGUGAGGUGCUGACAAAGAAAAAAACAAAAGAAGAUGUGCGUUAGAGAAAGUGAGUGAGUAGGUCUAUAAACGUUUAUGCGCUUCUAUAAAUAAAGAAUGGUGCUAAGUAGGUCUAUUUUGUAAUACAAGUCUUCAUAAAAAUAAUUGUUACCAAAUUUGAACAAAGAUGGAGUUGGAAUCUUCUUCACAUUCGAGUCCAGUUCAUGUAAUGCUCGUGUCUUUUCACGGACAAGGCAGCGUCGGUCCUCUUCUUCGUUUCGGCAAGCUAAUUGCUUCAAAGGGAACAGUCGUUACGUUCGUCACUACGGAGUACUGGGGGAAGAAAAUGAGACAAGCCAACCAGAUCGUCGAAGGUGAGCUUAAACCGGCUGGUUCCGGCUCAAUCCGGUUUGAGUUUUUCGACGAUGGAUGUGCAGAAGAUGAUGUCCGGAGAGGUACCACCUUGUACAUGCCACGGCUAGAACAAACCGGGAAACGAGAAGUAUCGAAACUCGUGAGGAGAUACGAGGAAAAGAAAGAACCCGUCUCUUGUCUGAUCAAUAACCCGUUUAUCCCGUGGGUCGGGGACGUGGCGGAAGAGUUAAACAUUCCGUGCGCAGUGCUCUGGAUACAAUCUUGUGCUUGUUUCUCUGCUUAUUAUCAUUACCAAAAUGGCUCUGUUCCUUUCCCAACCGAAUCAGCUCCUGAGCUCGAUGUAAAGCUCCCAUGCGCUCCUGUCUUAAAGCACGACGAGAUCCAUACCUUUCUCCAUCCUUCUUCUCCAUUCACCGGAAUGCGAGACGCGAUUCUUGGGCAGUUUAAGAAUCUUAGUAAGUCCUUUUGUGUUCUAAUCAAUUCCUUCGACGCUUUGGAACAAGAAGUGAUCGAUCACAUGUCGAAACUCUUUCCAAUAAAAACCAUUGGACCGGUUUUUAAACUCGCUAAGACGGUGAUCUCCGAUGUAAGCGGCGACUUCUGCAAACCCUCGGAUCAAUGCCUCGACUGGUUAGACUCGAGGCCAGAAUCGUCAGUUGUCUACAUCUCUUUCGGGACGGUUGCGUAUUUGAAGCAAGAACAGAUGGAAGAGAUGGCUCAUGGAGUUUUGAAAUCGGGUUUAUCGUUCUUGUGGGUGAUACGACCUCCAUUACCAGAUCUGAAGCUGGAGACUCAUGUCCUGCCUCAGGAGCUGAAAGAAGCGAGUGGUAAGGGAUUAGGGAAGAUUGUGGAGUGGUGUCCACAAGAGCAAGUGCUGGCUCAUUCUUCAGUGGCGUGUUUUGUCACUCACUGCGGAUGGAACUCGACAACCGAGGCUUUGACUUCGGGGGUUCCGGUGGUUUGUUUUCCGCAGUGGGGAGAUCAAGUUACCAACGCGGUUUAUCUUAUUGAUGUCUUCAAGACGGGAGUGAGGCUUGGCCGUGGAGCGGCGGACGAGAGGAUUGUGCCGAGGGAGGACAUAGCGGAGAAGCUUUUAGAAGCGACGGUUGGGGAGAAAGCGAAGGAGCUGAGGAAGAAUGCUUUGAAAUGGAAGGCGGAGGCGGAAGCAGCUGUGGCUCCGGGGGGUUCGUCCGAAAAGAAUCUCCGGGAGUUUGUGGAGAAGUUAGGCGUGAUCAGUGGCUGAAUGAGAUAAAUAUUUCUUAGGUAAGAAUAAAUUCUAAAUAAAUAUUAAAAUAAUGUCCUAUAAAAGGCUAUAAAGUAUUUAUGUUACUGUUUAUUGAAAACAUGUACUCUCUACCCUGAUGUUUCAGGAAGUAUUUGUGUUACUGUUUAUUGAAAACAUAUACUCCCUAGUGUUUCAGACUCAGUUUGGAGAGAAGGUAACCUUGUAAGAUAAUAUAAAGAGUCUGAGCUAGACAAAGAGAAUAUGUGUAAAACGUAAUGUUAUUUUAUUUGACGUAUAGCCCAAGGUAAUGUACUAACUUACUAAUA